GCGGCGGCGGCGGCGGGAUCAGCGGCGGGAGCAGCAUGGAUUGGGGCACUGAGUUGUGGGAUCAGUUCGAGGUGCUGGAGCGCCACACGCAGUGGGGCCUGGACCUGUUGGACCGCUAUGUGAAGUUCGUGAAAGAACGCACGGAGGUGGAGCAGGCCUACGCCAAGCAGUUGCGGAGCCUGGUGAAAAAAUAUCUGCCCAAGAGACCGGCCAAAGAUGAGCCCGAAUCCAAGUUCAGCCAGCAGCAAUCAUUUGUGCAGCUGCUGCAGGAGGUGAACGACUUCGCGGGCCAGCGCGAGCUGGUGGCCGAGAACCUCACGGUGCGCGUGUGCCUGGAGCUGGCCAAGUACUCACAGGAGAUGAAGCAGGAGCGCAAGAUGCACUUCCAGGAGGGACGGAGGGCCCAGCAGCAGCUGGAAAACGGCUUCAAACAGCUGGAGAAUAGUAAGCGUAAAUUUGAGCGAGAUUGCCGGGAGGCAGAGAAAGCGGCCCAGACGGCAGAGCGGCUGGAUCAGGACAUCAAUGCCACGAAGGCAGACGUGGAGAAGGCCAAGCAGCAAGCUCACCUACGUAGCCACAUGGCUGAGGAGAGCAAGAACGAGUACGCAGCCCAGCUACAGCGCUUCAACCGAGACCAGGCCCACUUCUACUUUUCACAGAUGCCUCAGAUAUUUGAUAAACUCCAGGACAUGGACGAGCGCCGGGCUGCGCGCCUGGGCGCGGGGUACGGGCUGCUGUCCGAGGCGGAGCUACAGGUGGUCCCCAUCAUUGCCAAGUGUCUGGAGGGCAUGAAGGUGGCGGCUGACGCUGUGGAUGCUAAGAAUGACUCUCAGGUCCUCGUGGAGCAGCACAAGUCCGGCUUCGCCCGCCCAGGCGACGUGGAAUUCGAAGACUUCAGCCAGCCCAUGAACCGGGCCCCCUCAGACAGCAGCCUGGGCACCCCAUCCGAUGGCCGGCCGGAGCUGCGAGGCUCUGGCCGAAGCCGUGCCAUGCGCUGGCCCUUCAGCAAAAAGAACAAGCCGCGCCCCCCACCCCUUUCCCCCUUGGGGGGCCCCCACUCCCCGGCUUUGCCUAAUGGACCCCCAUCCCCCCGCUCCGGCCGUGACCCCUUGGCCAUACUGAGUGAGUUCAGUAAGUCGGUCAAACCCCGGCUAGCAUCCUUCCGCAGCCUUCGAGGUAGCCGGCGGACUGUGGUGACAGAAGAUUUUAGCCAUUUGCCCCCAGAGCAGCAGAGAAAACGGCUGCAGCAACAGUUGGAAGAACGGAAUCGAGAGCUGCAGAAGGAGGUGGAUCAGAGGGAUGCUCUGAAGAAGAUGAAAGAUGUCUAUGAGAAGACACCCCAGAUGGGGGACCCUGCCAGCUUGGAGCCCCGAAUCACAGAAACUCUGAAUAACAUUGAAAGGCUCAAGUUGGAAGUUCAAAAGUAUGAGGCUUGGUUGGCAGAAGCCGAGAACCGGGUCCUGAGCAAUCGAGGGGACAGCCUGGGAAGACACGCCCGGCCCCCCGACCCCCCUGCCAGUGCACCCCCAGACAGCAGCAGCAGUAGCUCCCAGGAUAACAAGGAAAGUUCUGAGGAGACACCCUUGGAAGAGGGCCAGGACACCCCUAUUUACACAGAAUUUGAUGAAGAAUUUGAGGAGCCUACGUCCCCCAUUGGCCAGUGUGUGGCCAUCUAUCAGUUUGAAGGGUCCAGCGAGGGUACCAUCUCCAUGAUGGAGGGUGAAGGACUCCUAGUGAUGGAAGAGGAUAAAGGAGACGGUUGGACGCGGGUCCGGCAGAAAGAAGGAGGCGAAGGUUAUGUGCCCACCUCCUACCUCCGAAUCACGCUCAACUGAACCCUGCCCGACCUGGGAAGAAGGGGGGCUGGCGGCUGCUGCUUCCGGGCCACGGGGGGCCCCCCAGAACCUAUGCACUUUAUUUCUGUCCCUCGUGGCUUCUGCCUAUGACCUGUGUAACCUGCUGGCCCCGCCCCGUCCACCUGUCACCCCUCAGUGGCCCCGCUGUGCCUUCCAGCCUGGAUGUAACAUACUUAAGUUUCCAGUCCUUUCUUCCUACCACUUGGC